CACACAAAAGGCGAAGACGGAAAGUCGCUUAAUCCUAAGCGCAAACCCUUCCACACAUUUAUAUUUUACUCUAAAUCUUUCACCUUUGAAUCUCUCACUAUUAUUAUUUUAACCCCAAAUUCUCAGAUCCCAGAUCUUCACAUUCCCAGAGCCUCACUCCAUUCUUCGUUUUCCUCAACUUCCACGCUCAAUAAUAGAAACUUUUCCGGGUCGGAAACUCUCUUUUCCGGUCGCCGUUAACUCCUCCGUCUGUGGUAGCUGCCACCGUCACGGAGAUUGCUCAAGUUUCCGAUCUUCGGCGAUCCUGGAUUCGUUGAGUGUCGAUCAAGGGUUGCUGGAGGGAGCUGGAUUUGGUUCUGUCCUGAAUUGGAAAGAGAGUUCAGAGUUGGGGUUUAUCGGAUUUUGGCCAUUUGUGUGAAUGCUUUUGGGGUUUUCUGGAUAGUUGGGUAAUCAUUAGUUACUUGAUUUGGAAAGAUAUGACUUGGGCCUCACCCAAAGGCUCGAUUUCGAUGAAUCAAUACCCGAAAACUGUUUCCUGGAUUGCGGUUUCGGUGGGAGGGUUGGCUAUGUUUCUGCUUUUUGCUUCCUGGGUUUUAGUUUCGUUCCCAAUUGGUUCCACGGUUCGGGGGUAUUUCUAUGGUGUUGAUAGUUUGCAGAAACUGGAGUUUUCCAGCUCUUUAGGGAAUCAGAAUUUGGUUGAUUCGCCGCUUCCUAACAAUGUAGUUAUGAGUGACAAGGAUGCGGUGUCCGAGUCAAGUUCUGAUAAGAAUGUUGGUUCCGACUCCAAUUCAGAAGUUCCCACGAGUUCAAAUAGUCCAUUGGUUGGGUCAGAAGCUAAAGACCUGCCAGAUGAGCCGGUAGUUAAUGAGAGUAUUGUAUCAGUGAAACCGGUUGAUCAACCAGUGCCUUCUGGUUCGAGUAGUUCUUCAGUUGAUGAAAAUGUGGAAACAACUCCUCAGACUUUGUCCAAUGAUACCAACUCGCAAGUGUCCUUCAGUACAACUCACAAUGAGAGUGAAGAUGUAGCAAAACCUGCUCUCCGAUCAUCCAAUGUUACUGAAAUUUCUGUGGGGCCGGAACAAAAUGAUACUACUACCUCUUCAUCUGAUUCCAAAUCUGGAAGCAAUCCAGCUUCUUCUGAUCUGUCCAAUGAUGCAAGUACUGGUUCAGUCGAUACAGGCUGUGAUCUGUACCAUGGAAGUUGGUUUUAUGAUUCAUCAGGACCACAGUAUACGAACAAUACAUGCCCUGUCCUGACACAGAUGCAAAAUUGCCAGGGAAAUGGGAGGCCUGACAAGGAGUAUGAAAACUGGCGAUGGAAACCCCUUCAGUGUGACCUGCCACGCUUUGAUGCCCGGAAAUUUCUAGAGUUGAUGAGGGGGAAGACAAUAGCUUUUAUUGGUGAUUCUGUUGCUCGAAAUCACAUGGAAUCAUUGUUGUGCAUUCUCUGGCAGGUAGAAGCCCCAAAAAACCGGGGCAACAAGAAAAUGCAAAGAUAUUAUUUCAAGUCUACAAAUACUUUUGUAGUACGUAUUUGGUCCUCGUGGCUUGUCAAGCAGACAUCCGAAGCAUUUGAUUUUGCCCCAGAGGGUGUGGCCAAGCUCCACCUUGAUGCUCCUGAUGACCGCUUGAUGGAUGUCAUUCCGCAGUUUGAUGUGAUUAUUUUCUCCUCUGGCCAUUGGUUUGCUAAGCAGUCUGUUUAUAUCCUAAACAAUGAGAUUGUGGGAGGACAGUUGUGGUGGCCAGAUAAAUCGAAGCAAAUGAAGAUUAACAAUAUUGAAGCAUUUGGAAUAUCCGUUGAGACGAUUCUCACUGCUCUUGCUACACAUCCAAAUUAUACAGGAAUUGCCAUUGUUCGUUCCUAUUCACCUGACCAUUAUGAAGGCGGGGCUUGGAAUACAGGUGGAUCAUGCACUGGGAAAGUAAGGCCUCUUGCACCUGGGCAGAGAGUGGAAAAUGGUUUUACAAAUAUAAUGCAUGAAAAACAGGUUAUGGGUUUUAACCGUGCAAUAAAGAAAUUGACAAACAAGUCGAAGCUGGAGUUGAUGGAUAUCACCGAAGCUUUUGAGUACCGUCAUGAUGGACAUCCAGGUCCAUAUAGAAGCCCUGACCCGAAUAAGCAAACAAAGCGUGGCCCUGAUGGAAAGCCGCCACCACAGGAUUGCUUACAUUGGUGCAUGCCAGGUCCGGUUGAUACUUGGAACGAAUUUGUGCUUGAGAUCAUAAGGAGAGAAUAUGAGGGCAGCAAGAACUUAUCUUCAUGAGAGGUGAACCUUAUUGCUGGGGUCUCCAAGUGGAAGAUAACUGGUAGCCAUCUGUUAUAUUUCCAGACUUAGAGCAAGAGCAAGAGCAAAAGCUUCCACAAUAACAAUUUUUUAUUCUUUUAAACAGCUUAUAGAGAAAUUAUAUAUUGCACUAGAUCAGAGGAUUAGUGGCUAAUUCUGUAUUUGAAGAGUAAUUCUAGCUUAGUCAUCAAAAUGAUUCUGUACCCUAGUAAUGUAAGCACUUUCUUUUAGGUUGUACUACUGUCAUACAUUUCAAUCUGGAUGAAGGAAAGAAACUAUUUUGAUUUUCACUUUUA